GGUAGCUCUACUUGACGCACUUGCUCCAAUCAGAUCAGCAGCAGCUCUUUCUCCUAGCUUGCAAGUGCUGUGCUAUUGCUGCGCCGUCUGCUAGAAACACCAGCAUUCCCAAAUCCCAAUCGCACGAUGGCUUCAGCCGGCGCUUCCAUUCCGAAGGAGGCCAGCGUUGCUGCCGUCGUCGUAUUCUUCCUGCUGAUCCUCGGCAAGGGGAUGCCGGCGGCGGCGGGGGUGACAAAAUGCGGCGAUUAUUGUCGCGCCAAGUGCAGCUUGGGCUGCGAGGACAGUGCCUCGGCUUGCAUCGCAGGCAACAUCAUGUGCAAGGACUAUCCUGAAACAUGUCACAAUUGCAAGGCCUUGGCCAUCGGCGCCUGCUUCGGAGCCUGCUACAGCCGCUGCACCGACGACUGCAUCUGAUCGGCAGGUAUUGACGGAUAUAGAUGGAAACUGUAUCUCCGCACUGCACCGUGUGUGUGUUUUUACUGUACAUCCGAGAUCGAAAUGAAGUGUAUUUAGUUUUUUUUAAUUUAUUAACUUUCAGAUAUGCUCUAAAAGUCACAUAGUUCGUGUUUGUUUGAGAU